UUCCAUUGGGUAUUUGAAAUCACGCUAAAGCUGUGUGAUUUAGCGUUCUCUCUCUUUUCUUCGAAGAAGAAUCAUAACGUUAAGGGCCAUAGGUUCUUGAUUAGCAUUACUGUGCUGGGGAGUGCUGGGCCAACCCGCUUUGUAGUCGGUGAGGAGGUGCUUGUUGCAGGGGUGAUUGAUAUGGCAUUGAAGUCCUAUGCUCGUGAGGAGUAGGGACGCCUUCCGGUUCUUGGGUCUGACUUCAAUGAUUUCUUCCUGUACUGCCCUAGUACUGGAUCAGAUGCUCUGAGUCCAUGGGAGACAAUUGGAUCAAAAAGAUUUCGUAACUUCAUGCUGUGCAAGGAGCCAACUACAGAGAAAGUGGUAGAUGCUGGAGGAUUACCUGCAGGGAUUGCUCGUAAGGGAAGUGGGAGUUGGAAGGCUUGGCUCAAUAAGUCUCCCAAUCUUAAGAUAUCAUCUCAUUAGUUCAUUUUCCAGUAAAUUUCUUGGAAAGUUUGCUCUUUUUUGGUUUUUUUUUAUUCGUCCAAACCAAUUUUGGUAAUCUCUGAUGAUAUUACUUUUCUUUUUCCUUGAAUUUCCUGUCCUGCUUUGAGUUGGGAGAAACCUGAACUCCUUGUAGUCUUGACUUUUUGGUGAUUGAAUGAUAAGAUUUUUUUAGUAGUGAAGAAGAAGAGGUACAUGAAAGUCUGGGAAAGGCAGGCAAUUGUAGAAUGGUUAGUCAGAGAGUAAAGACUAAAGAGAGGUGGAUUUUUUCAAGUCUCCGACAUUGAAGAACUGUAUGAAUUAGCUCACGAGUGAUUCUGAUUCUGACUCCUCUCUCUCUCUCUCUCUCUCUCUCUCUCUCUCUCUAUAUAUAUAUAGAUAUUGACGUUACAGUCCACCGGAAUUGUGGUGUGCUUACCGUCAUUGUAUAACGAGAGAGACUUCUUUGAAUUGAACAUUAAAGGGUAUAGGUGUGAUCGUUGAGUGUUGAAAAUGCAGCUUCUAAUAUUUGUACACGCAACAUGUAUAUCUAUCUUUUUCUCAUUCAUUCAUUAUGAGUAGAGCACAUGCA